GAGAUGUUUGUUAAAUUAGGUAGUUUUUCCAAAAAUAAAAAAAAGUCUUGUUUGGAGUAUUGAAAUGAACCUGACAACACACGUAAAUCUGAAUUUAAUCGGGUUUUAAUCCGAGUUUCUAACCUACCAUGAAAAACCACAAGCUCAUAUGAUUUCCCACCAAACGCUACAGAUAAAUACCUGAAAACAAAUUCCUUUGAAGAAGAAGGGUAAAUAAAAAUGGCGUUCUCAGCUAACCCGUUAUCUCUGAGUGUACCCGAACCCGUAUUCGAAACCUGGCUCCGAGAUACCGGUUACCUCGAAAUUCUCGAUCAACGGACUACCGAUCUCCACCGCCACUCCUCCACCACCGCCGCGGCGGCGACGACCGCUUCCUCCGACACUGCUGUUACUAAUUCUGCCGCAGCCGCGGUUUCAAUCUCAAAUGGAGUCUUCGUUCUCAUAUUUUCACGUAUUGGAACCUUACUGUCGCUUUUAACGCUUAAUCCGUUUGCAAAACUCACCUCUGAUGACUUUUCCGGUGAUACCCCGUCGUGGACCCUCCAAUUCGUCGGGUCAUUCGAUUCCUACUCAUUUCCUUCGUCGCCGUCUCAGGCUCGGCUUAGAGUACACGAGAAUGUGAAACGCUAUGCUCGGAAUUAUGCCUCUCUCUUCGUCCUCUUCUUUGCUUGCUCUCUGUACCAAAAGCUGCUUGCCCUUGUUGGGUUGAUUUCAUGUUUGGCACUUUGGGAUGUAUUAAAGUUAUGUGGAGAUCGUUGGGGAUUAGAGCACCACCCAGUUAUCAAACAAAGCUUGAUUCGCAUUUCUCAGUGUGCUACUGCAGUUAUUCUAUUCUGUACCAAUGUUCAAAUGGCUCUCUUCUCAGCUCUUGCGGUCAGUUAUGUAGUGAUGAUUCUGCAUGCCUCGUUUAGGAAGCUGACCCCCUCGAAACAAUCAACUUCAAAAGAUGGAAACAGGAGGGUCCUUAGAAGUUGAUGAGUGGUUAUUAUUGUCAAGUCAUACAAUCACAUAGUCAUCGCCUGGAGAGAAGGUAAACUGUGUUUACAAACUAUGGCAUACGAGUCUUGGUUCAUGAGUACAUCUCUCGGUUUGAAACUGAGAAAAUUCUUCGAGUUACAAUGUAAGAAAGCUUCUUCUUCUUCUUCUUCUUAUUUUAAGUUUAGGUUGUAUGUAUAAGUCUAUACAAUGGAGAAAAAAAGACUAGAUAAGAUUGUAGAUGGGUGUAGAACCCUAAAGAGAAUUGGCACUGCUAAGGCUUUGCUAUUUUGCUAUAUGAAUUAGUAUUAGUAACACAUUUGUUUAUCUUUGACUGAAUGAUUUGCUUUCCUUGACAUGCCAUAAUUAAUACUUAAUAGUAUAAACUUUGUCUUUGCACUUAAAC